UAUAAUUUUUUUAAUUAUGCCAUAUCCAGUGAAUUACAGGGGACACAAGAAAUGGGAAUAACCUGAGUGGGACACAUAGUGGGGGGAAAUAUUCAGCCCCUCGGGGUGAAAGUCUACGGAAUCCCCAGAUUUUUUUUAAAGAAAAAGCACAGUUAAAAUCUGCUAAAUAAAUUACUAAUGUCACAACUCUGAAUUCAUUUAGACGAAAGUCUCUGCCAAACCAGCAACGUAAAUGUGAAUUAUGGACGCUCAUCACCUGUAUCCUUGAGGUGAGUCUGGAAUCUCAGAAAGCGAUUUGCGCAAAGCAAAAACACAACAUGGAGCUGUCAGGUACGAAUAAAGGUUUAUUAUAUAAUGCUGCCAUAUAAUAAAGGCGACUGACAGUGAAGAGGCAGCCGUUGACCAUUCAAGAGAAUGAAACACGGGGUUUAGACCGGGUCUGAUUGGUUAGUGCCGGAUCCUAGUUAGCCGCGGAGCGUCUGUGUACCAGUUGGCCGUAGGGAAUGUAAUAGGGAUUAAUCAGACAGACAAAUAAACUGUACCAGAAAACAGGAAUCAUAUGUUAUAAAAGAAAGAACAAAGAAGGGGAAGCAGCACUUACAAAUGCUGAAUCUACCAUCGCGGGAUGCGCCGGUCUGAUUACCACUCGGACUGUGAUCUGUGUCGAAAUGAGAGCCGCCGCUUGAACCUACCGAAGUACCUCCCCGGCCCACCAUGAAGGCGGAGAAAGUGUUCAGCCCUUCGGCCACUUUUGCUUUCUCGUGUAUGUACCCGACAUUUCGGUAAAAAUUCCGUACAAGAGUUGCUCGUGUGGAAUACUGCCGGACCGAGGCGGCGCCCGGACGGAUCCCGACGCCGAAGCUGAUCCCAGAAGCCCAAGACAACAGUCGGUGUCCCUUAGGCGUCGCCAGGCAAGAGCGGUGCUUGCUUUCCGGCCUGGAAAUUCCAUGGAUCUACAGACGAAGUAGCUUCCGACACAAAAAUCGCAUAUGGGGGUUUCUUCCAUGUAUUCUUAAAACCACACAGAACCACGCACUUUUCCAGGCAGCGUAAUCUACCACCGGUCCAUCGAUUGUACGGCAGGCUGCUAGCUAAUAACUUACUAAUUCAGCCAGUACUUUAUAUCGAGUCCAGGUAGUGCCGGAGCUGGUGUGUUAAGCGCGAGUUGUACAGCAUCGCGGGUUAGUUUAGAGUUUAAGCUCGCGGGAAGCCGCGCUUGUAACGCCGCAGAGAAUGUGAGCUUUAACUCGGCGGGUCUUUGGGCUGUGGUUAAUGUGCGCUUACACCUGCUAGUACGGCUGCUGACAUCCAGCAUCGGACCUCGGCACACUUCGUACAAUCAAGAGGGUGCUUCACUCAACGACAUAAUAUUUUUUAUUGUAUUUAAAAAAAUAAAGCGAAAGUAGAGUAGGGAGUACAAGGACAAAGCGGCUCGCGGAUGUUUGCUUGAAUUCGGCCAUGGCCGAAAUCCUUAUGGUGCUUGAGUAAGCGAUUUAACAGCGUCACGUAAUAACAGCAUUAAUAACGUUAAAGUGGCGGCUCGAUGUACAGUUUUCUCUGGUAUCUGCAAAUUAUAAGUCCGGGAUAAAGUAAGAUGUAGCUUGUGUGAGGCACCGAAGUCGCGGUGCUUGCAGGAAAACAAAAACGACGAGGAGCCCAAAACAAAACCGCAAGGUGUCUGGUAGCGUUAGUGCGGAGCGCUGCGCGCAUGUAGAGACAAAGGGCUGCGGCUGAAGCGGCGCUGUAGCCCGGCCGCGGCACCCGGACCCGGGCACCGGAGUGUUGGCGAAAGUGGAGGCUCGGCAACUUGCGGUUCUGCGUGGACUUCUGGGGAAGCCGACCGGGCGCGUCCCUCUUCAGCUAAAGAAGCGUUUAAAUUCCGUGUUGGGACAUUAUACUUGCCGUACAUUUACAGGGCCAGUGUUGUAGAGUAGGAAAUGCAGAAUCUGAAUAAAAUGCCAUUUCCGAGCUUCGGCUUUGUGGACAAGGAAAUAUGUGUGGAAACCUGUUCCCAUUGAUAUCUUAGCAGUUGAUCAAUGGAGUGCUGGCUUAGUGCGUGAACAUUUUGACUGGAAGCUAAUCUUUUUUUUUUUUUUUAUAAUUACCAGCAUUUCAUAGAGUUGUUUAUUUUACUUUGUCAUUCUUUAACUAUGGAGUCAUUUAAACAAACGGGUUUUUAUGGGGGCAUUAAUUACAUUUAUUUUCUGAAUUGAAGCUAGGAUAUUCUUUUAAAACCUUUUUUAACUAAUAUAUAAAGAUUCUUGGUCCUACAAAUGAAAACACGAGAAACGCCACAGUCUGUUUCCUGGUUCAAUAUAAAGCGCUUCACACUCCAGCGGAGUUGACACGAAUUCCCAGGACUUUUUUAAGGGAGAAGCAUUUAUUGAAAGAAGAGCUCGUUAAGGGUAAAGAGGUGGAGAAGUGUCAAAAGCAAGGAGAGGAUGAAAAUUAUUCCAGAGAUCAUAGUCAAUUUCUGAGGAGCAGCUCAGUUGGUGGAUCAGAACCAGCGGAUAAGACCUGCAACCAGCAUUCAUGAGUAUCCGCCCCCCAGCCUCUACUCUAGACAGGUUCACCAGCUUAAUCAUGGGGGACUCGGAGCGCAGGGCUUCUGGGAACCAACAGAACGAAUCUUCAGAUUUGAACACGGAAAGCACAGGUCAGGGUCUGGUCCAGCGAUGCGUAGUCGUACAAAGGGACGAGCUGGGUUUCGGCUUCACUGUGUGCGGAGAGAGGAUCAAGCUGGUGCAGAACGUACGGCCAGGGGGUGCAGCUGUAAAGGCAGGAGUCCAGGAGGGUGACCGAAUCAUUAAGGUCAACGGCUCGCUAGUGUCAGCCAUGACGCACCAGGAAGUAGUGAAGCUCAUCAAGUCCGGAACGUAUGUCGCCAUGACGUUACAAGGACCGCCCCCUUCAGCUCCCGCUGUCCCUUUACAGCAUCUCCAAACAGACCUUUCAUCCAAUAACAGAAUAGCAGUGGGAGGAGAUACACUGCCAACUCCUCCCCCUCUCCCUCCAGCUUCCAGCAGCAAUGCUAUCCAGAGAAUCACUGGACCCACGCCUUUGCAGGACCUACACGUGCAAAGGCAUGCUUCUCAGAUCCUCAGGAAAAUGCUGGAACAGGAAGAGGCUGAAAUUCAGAACCUAACGGAACAACUGUCACGAAACCCCUCCCCCUCACUGCAGGAGCGAAUCAGAAGUGCAGAGAGGCUUGCUCACCAAGUCAGGGUGAAAGUUCAGCAAGAACUGGAUGGAACACGAUCAGAAUCAGUGGCCAAAUAUUUUAGGGCUGGAGAGGGGAGUCUCUCUGUGGACUCGACCGAGGGAGACUUUGAGGCCUGUGAAAGCCCCAACUCCUCACCCUUAUUCUCCUCCAGAACGCCUCCCUCUUGGAGGUGCAGUGAUGACACGUCUUCCAUUGACACGGGUGCUCACACCCAGAUCAUUGGUCCAGAGGAUUAUGACGAUGCCGGUUUUCUUAAUGAGACCAACGGGCCCUUCCAGGACAUCGAGGUGCUGAAGACCCGGCCAGCCCACAUGAUCGUCUUCAUGCGAUAUGUCUUCAGUCAACUGUUAGACCCUAACCCACUGCUCUUCUACCUGUGGGUGGAAGCCUACUUGGGUGCCAGUGCCAAAGAUGCCCGUGCUCUUGCCCCACGGAUUUGCUCGUGCUUCUUGGACUCAGACGCUCCCCUCAAAAUUCGUGUUCCGGAGGAGGUCUUGUCUGACAUUGAUAGUCGCCUGCAGGCACAGGAGGAUAUAAGAGGCCCUCUGUCAGAAGUACAGCAACAGGUGCUGCCUGUUAUCCAGGACCAAAUACAGCGCUAUAGGAACCAGCAGACAAUGGGACUGAGUUCUCUGUUUGGAGAAGGAGAUCUGCAGCUGCUGGAUGGAGACCCCGUCAAGGACAAGCCGGUGGUGGACAGACAAGUGUCCGCACUCUGGGAGAUACUGUCAAAAUUCGAGGAGGACCGGAGCUCUUCCCUGGCUUCUGCCGUGUUGCUCUAUCUCCACCACGCCGGCAUUAAGACACGGCCCUUCCCCGGACUGCCGGCCGAGAAAGACAAGUGGUCGGCCAUUUUUCCUAAGACCAAGAAGCUCAGUGCUACAAAGAAAGACAAGGAUGGGGAGGACAAGAAGAGGAACCCGAUCCUGAAGUAUAUCGGCAAACCAAGGGGCGCAUCCCAGUCCACGUUCAACAUCUUGUCUUCCUUUGAAGUGAAGUCCGGCAACGUGAGGAACAUCAUCCAGCAGUUUGAGAGCAGCCACCCUGAGGCGGUGGAGGGCGACACUGAUCUUCAGAGGCUCUCUACCAGCAGCCUUGGAGAUGAAAUACUGGGUAGAGACAGCCCAACGGUGUCAGUGCGUUUGGCUCGCAGCGAGUCCCUGAAGGCUCAGGGUGAGGGCCGGCGUCGGGGGGCCGGGGCCACCGGGGAGUCCGUGCCGCGCUCUCGUAGCGACGUGGAUAUGGACGACUGUGGAGAGGAGCAUGAAGCGGCCGGCCUGCGCCUCCUACAGCACAGCGCCUCCUCCUCGGCCUCCAGCAGCUCCGCGAGAUCGCUGGAAAAUGCCACCCCGCCGUACACACCUCGGUCCAAACGGAGGAGUAUGGAGUCCCCUGUGGUGCUGCUCCCUGACGCCCCCAGCCUAGAUGAGGACGUCGCUGAUUCUAGCAACUGGCAGGAGACCGUGGACCCAGAGACCCUGGCUGAGCUCGGACCCCGCGAAGUGGACCGGCAGGCUGUCAUCUAUGAGCUCUUCACUACAGAGUCGUCACACCUGCGCACACUCAGGGUUCUGGACCAAGUGUUCUUCCAGAGGAUGAGAACUGUACUGAGCUCAGAGGAGCUGGCCUGUAUUUUCCCCAAUCUGCCCCGAGUAUACGAGCUGCACGCCAGCUUGUGCGAAUCCAUGAAGAAGCUGCGGGAGUCUCGCAUCGUUCCGGGCAUCGGAGACAUCAUGCUGGCCAGGUUUGAGGGGGCGGCCGGAGCGGAGUUCCAAGAGCAGGUGUCGCAGCUCUGCAGUCAGCAGUCUCAGGCACUGGAGCUCAUCAAGAACAAACAGCGCAAAGACCCACGAUUUGCCCACAUUGUGCAGGAAUGUGAGGCAAACCCUCACUGUCGCAGGCUGCAACUGAAGGAUCUUCUUGUGUCCGAGAUGCAAAGACUCACCAAGUACCCGUUGCUGCUGGACAACAUUAUCAACCGUGCACCAGCCGUUUCCUCAGAAUUCCCAUUGCUCCAGCGAGCACAAGUAUGCUGCCGUGGGAUCCUACAGGCCGUGAACGAGGUGGUCAGAGAGACGGAGCACAGGAAGCGGCUCAGCCAGUACCAGCGCCGGCUUGACGCCACGCCCCUCGAGAGGCAAGCCAAUCCUGUAGCGACACAGUUCAAGAAUCUGGACCUGAGCACAAAGAGAAUGAUUCAUGAGGGAGCUCUCACCUGGAGGGUCAGUAAGGAGAAAGCAAUAGAGGUGCAGGCGCUGCUGUUGUCAGACCUGCUGGUUCUGCUCCAGAGAGGACCAGAUGAUCGUCUGGUGUUGCGAUGUCCCUCCCGCUCACUAGGAGGUGGUGUUGGGGGCAGCAAUGAACUCAAAACUUCCUUUUGCCCUGUGGUGCGACUGGAUUCUUUGCUUGUGCGCUCAGUGGCCACUGACAACAAGGCCCUGUACGUCAUUAGUACCUCAGAGAGACAGAUCUACGAGCUGGUGGCAGGAACCUCGUCGGAGAAGAACCUCUGGAAGAACUUGCUUGAGAAAGCCAUCACAUCAACCACUGGCUCUACAAACCCUGUAAAUAAUGGUUCACCGCCCCUCUCCUCUUCCAGUCUUGGCUGCCAGAGGAAUCCAUACCAUGUCUACCAGACAGAGGAUUCGCUGACAGAGGAAUCUGUAGGGAUGGACAGGGACAUGCCUAACGAUGUGGGUGGGGCGCUUGAGCUUACCCCCCAGACCAACCAGUCUGACACCUUCCUUGCAAGUGAAGGGCAUGGUUGCCAGCAAAUAGGACUUGGAGUGGCAGAGGCUGCACUGCGAGAUUGGCAUCACAGACCUGUUAUUGCUCAAUCUCGUGUGGCUGAACGCCACUUGUCCCUCUAAGAAGUUGUGCGGCGACCGCACCAGGUCCCGUAACUAGUUAGCAUGUCGGAGUCUCGUUCGUUAUCGGAAUUAACCAGACAAAUCGCUCCACC